AUGAGCCUAGCGUCUUUUAUUCUAAAGACGCUGGAGAGGCUGGUUGAGAGAUAUAUGAAGGAUGAGGUACAUUUGACCUCACCGCUGCACAGAGGGCAGCAUGCUUUUCAGGCAGACUGCUCGGUAGAGACGACACUCCAUGUUGUUGUGGCAAAAUUGGUGCAGCAGUUUGGACAAAAGGGGUAUGCUGUGGGAAAGUUCUUGGAUAUAGAGAGUGCCUUCAGUAAUACCCCUCCAGAAGUCAUCUGUAGAGAGGAUUUGAGGUGUAGAGUACCAAACCGGUUGGUAAGCUGGAUAGGAAGUUUGUUACGCCGAAGAAGACUCGAAACCAGACGGGGUGAAGGCCUAGUUAAAGGAGUAGCGCCACGAGGGUGUCCAGAAGGGGGUGUCGAUGGGCCUUACAAGGUCGCGCUGCGCAUUGUAGAACUCUGGUGCGAGAGCUCAUGGCUCUCGAUAAAUUCGGAAAAGAUCAGUAUGGUCAUUUUCACGAAGAAUUACGAGUUGCCGAAAGUUGACGCUCCUGUUUUUUGUAGCGGGAUGCUGACGUUGUCAGACUCGGUUAAAUAUCUGGGCGUAAUCCUAGAUAGCAAACUGAACUGGGCAAAGCACCUCGAGACCCAAUGCAGAAAAUUCGUCAUGACUUUCUGGAUGUGUGGGAGAGCUUUUGGGUUGACAUGGAGAAUAGGGCCUAUAAUUCUUGCAUGGCUCUAA